AUCUGAAAAUAAUAAAACUUUGGAUCAUAGUCGGAAAAUUUUACCUUCAAUAACCAAGACCAUACAUUUCGAACAAGCAAAAUGAGUGCAUCCAUUUAUGUGAGCUAGAAAGGCCACAAGCCUCUUUUCAGUUCGUGUACAUGACCUCCUCACUCAUAUACUGUACGUUCGUUCCGGUUUUUCGCUGGCCACAUCAAUAAGCCGUUCGUUUUGAGAUAAAUACAUGCUUGCUAGCCUCCCCGCAUUUGCACACCAAGUGAAGAGACCACCAGUGUGUGUUUGAGUACACACUCUGUGAAACAACAGACAAACCGAUCAUCUACAUUUAUUUUGGGCUGCAGUCCAGUUGAAAACGUCAAAGGCAUCGUUGUUGUCGGAUCAAAGAUAAAACAUGAACGCCAUUGAGAAUAUUGGUCCGCAAUGCUACCAUUUGGGCGAAGGUCCCCAUUGGUGUCAACGUCGACAAUUGCUCUUCUCCGUGGACAUCCCGGGCACAGCGGUCUGUUGUUAUGAUCCAUCAAAGAAGAGCAUGACCAAGUUAAAGAUUCCAGGGGAGUCAAUCAGUCUGAUUGUACCCAUUGAAGGGCAAGAUGAUGAGUUCGUCAUCUCUCGAGGAAGAACUCUCUCUAUCUUGAAAUGGACUCCGGGGAGUGACGACUACCAAAUUAUCCGAGAUCUUCACGAGGUGGACGCAUCCCAGCCGAAAAAUCGCUUGAAUGAUGGUAAAUGCGAUGCAAAGGGCCGCCUUUGGGCAGGCACCAUGGGCCCACAGAUUGAAGGUCGUCCGGGAUAUGUGGGUGCCCUGGAAGCAACGUUGUACAUGAUUGAUGCCAAAGGCUGUCAUGUAAAGCUCACGGACGUAGAAUUGUCCAAUGGAUUGGGCUGGUCCGAGGAUAAUAAAACGAUGUACUUUGUGGAUUCACCCAAGAGAAGUGUGGAUGCUUUCGAUUUCGAUCUGGAAACGGGCGACAUCACCAAUCGCCGAGUGCUUUACCACUUGGAUUCGGAUGACAUUCCAGGAGUGCCUGACGGAUUGACCGUGGAUGCCCGAGACAACAUCUGGCUGGCCGUAUUUUCUGGGGGACGGGUUCUGGAAAUCGACUCAAAGACGGGUAAGCUUAUCUCUCAAGUGGAGGUUCCCGCAAAUUUCACAACUUCAGUGGCUUUUGGAGGAAAAUCCCUGGAGGAACUCUUUGUGACGACAGGCAGGGACGUAGGCGAUGAAAAAUUACGAGGUCCCGUGGAUGGAUCAUUAUUUGUCCUCCGCUCGGUAAAGGUUCAAGGUUGUCCACCUGUGGAUUUCGCCAAACCAUGAAUAGUGAUCUGGAGUCGGUCAUUUGUGGAUGAAUGUCAUUUUGAGUUCAUGGCCGAAAUAUAAGCUAAAUCUGGA